AUGAAGCCAAACAAGAUCCUCCCAGGACUCCUUACAAUUCCCGCAGUAACAGCCCUAAACGCAACCUCCCUGACAUCUGAGUAUUUCGGAAAUGACGCCCCCUGGUACACCUCACGCAUCCCGCUCUUCGAAACCAGCAACUCCGCCCUGCAAGAAGUCUACUACUACAGAUGGUCUCUCUUCCGCUCCCACCAGCGGGAUCUAGGCUCCCUCGGCUUCCUGUCCACCGAAUUCAUCAACGACGUCAGCUGGCAAGUCUCGCCGUGGGCCAUCCUCAUCAACGCCGCAAACUACCAUCUCCGCGAGGGGCGCUGGUGCCGCGAUCGUCGGUUUAAAGAGGACUACGCGGAUGUCCUCUUCGGGCCUAAUACGGAUCCUCGCCAGUUUAGUGAAGUAAUGGCCGACGGCGUCUGGCAGGGGUAUCUUGUUGAUGGUGUACAGCAAGAUGCGGUCGCUAGGCUGGAUGCUAUGAAGAGUGUGUAUGAGGGGUGGAAUGCGACGCUUGAUAUCGGCGGGUUUGAUACCUCCAAGGGAUUGUAUUAUAUCCAGCCGUUGACUGACGCUACCGAGUAUACAAUUGCGAGUAUCGAUGCAACCGGUGGGUAUGACGGCUUUACAGGAGGUAAUGCAUUCAGACCGAGUAUCAACAGCUACCAGUACGCGAACGCACUGGCAAUAUCGAAUCUUGCAUCAUUAAGCGGGGACCAGGAUACCGCAGAUGAAUACUCCGCCAAAGCAACCGAGAUUAAAAGCCUCGUCCAGGAAUAUCUCUGGAACAGCGACUUCACGCACUUUAUCGACCGCUUCUACGUCGACAACGAAAACGUCUCCUACUGGGACCCGAUCCGCGGACGCGAACUGGUCGGGUAUGUCCCCUGGACGCACGACCUGCCUGACGACGAGGAAAGCUAUGCGCAGGCGUGGAAGCACUUGACCGAUUCGGAGAAAUUGGCCGGUGAGAAGGGCCUGCGCACGAAUGAGCCGAGCUACGAGUAUUACAUGCGCCAGUAUAGAUAUGAAGGCGAGAACCCGGAGUGUCAAUGGAAUGGGCCUGCGUGGCCGUACCAGACUACGCAGGUGCUUACGGCCCUAGCCAACUUGCUUGACCAUUAUCCUACUUCCGCUGGUGCUGGUGUGAUCAGCAAGAAGGAUUAUAACACUAUCCUGCUGCAGUAUGCGAAUCUGCACUAUAACCCGAACUAUGACGGGAAACUGAACCUCGAGGAAGAUUAUUACACGGACACAGGGGCUCCCAUUGUCGGACUCGCCAGGUCGCCGCAUUACUUCCACUCCGGAUUCAUCGACCAGGUUAUCUCUGGUUUUGUUGGGAUCCGGCCGAGCGCGGAGGAUAUACUCGAAGUGAACCCGCUCGCCGAUGCAGAGAGCGUUUCGUUCUUCCGGAUCGAGAAUGUCCUGUAUCACGGUCACGACGUCGCGGUGCAAUGGGACGCAGAUGGAAGUCAGUACGGGUCUGCAGGACUACAGGUUGAAGUCGAUGGCGAGGUCGUUGCAACGGCUGAUACACUGUCCAGAGUGACUGUGGAUAUCUCGCGUGUUGACCCGCCAGCUAUAGAGCGACCGAUUGCUAAGUCUAUCCAGCUGGGCGCUGACACGGAGUAUCCGGUUGGUAGUGUGUCUGUGUCCGGUGUAGAUGCAGCAGAUAUACACGCGGUCAUUGAUGGGAGGGUAUGGUUUUACCCUGAGAUCGCGAACUGGUGGGAUACGCCGGCUGGGAGUGGAGAGGAGAUCCGGUAUGCAGUUGAUUUUGGCAGUGAGGUUGAAGUGGCGAGGGCGGAGAUUGCGUUUGCAAAGGAUGAUGAGGCAGGCGUUGAUGUGCCUGGUGAGUAUCGGGUGCAGUAUGCGAAUGGCGAUGAGUGGGUUGAUUUGCCCAAUGUUGAGAAAUCUGGGCAAUGA